AUGGCGGAGCGGGCCGACCCUUCUGUCGACGAUCAUGACUCUAAACCAUCAGCUGAUAAACCAGAAAAUAAUAUUCAUGACUCUAACCCAUCAGCUGAGAAACCAGAAAAUAAUAAUCAUGACUCUAACUCAUCAUCUGAUCAACCAGAAAACAAUAAUCAAUUAGCUCCACCUGCCUUUCGUUCUGCGACCUAUGUUGUUCAGGUCCCUAAAGACCAAAUCUUUUGUGUUCCGCCUCCUGAGAAUGCCGUUCUAGCUGAACGCCGUGGAAACCCUUUUCGCUGCAGUAAAGGGAAGAAGCCCCGUCGUCGUCGUCCUCGUUGUUGCUUGUGUUUUUCUGUCUCUGUAGUUCUUCUUGUCCUUGUUCUUGCUCUAAUUGCUGCAGUUGUCUAUGUCUUGCUCACGCCUAAGGAUCCUACUUUUCGCGUUGAACGUGUUGUUGUCAAGAAUAAUACACGUCCAGAUUAUGGCAUUACGAUUAGAGCCAAAAAUUCGAAUGAAAUAAUGAGCAUUGAUUACAAGGCAGGUGGUGUUGCUUCCCUUUCUUUUAAGCAACGAGGAAUUGCUAAAGGAAAAUACCCAUCUUUCAAGCAAGAUAGCAAAAAGUCAACAUCAUUUCAUGUAGAUUUUCAUGGCUCAAACAUUGUAUUGCCUAAGGAGAUUGAGGAAAGCAUGAAAAGCCAAAAGCCAAAAAUCAAAGUUUCUUUGUCUCUAAAGAUGGAUGUACAUGCAAGAAUUAGAGUUGGGGCAUUACAUUAUGGGAGCGUGAAAUUCGUUGCUGCUUGUGAUUUCACGGUGGAUACAUUGGCUAAGAAUUCUCGUAUCCUGUCACAGAAAUGUCAUACCUAA